UUCUUCAAUUUUGUAAAUGCAACCUAGGGUUUGAGUGUGUUUGGAAUUAGAAAAUUUUCUUCCUGUACAGAUAGCUUGAUCAUGUCAGAAAGUUUCAUGUCAGUUUGGAAUUAGAAAAUAUAGUUGUCACAAUUUAUGAUAACCAUUGCAUAUUUGGUUAAAAUGAGUCUGGAAUAUUGCAAAGGUACUUAAUUAGACCCACUCUUCAAAACCAGCACUUCCAAUGAGUUUUUCUCCAAGCUUAGACCAUUCUUCUUCAAUAUUAGCUUGGAUAGUCUUUGCCCAUUCCUGCUCAGCUUUCAACCCUGGCACUUGGUUCCCCAAAUCAUCCCUUUCAUCUUUCAUCACAAUUCCUUUGUUAAACAGUUCUAUCUUUCUCUUAGCAACCAUGUCUUUCUGUGAUGUAAAAUCUGCAAUCUCAGAUUUCACUGCAUUGAUUUUCUCUUCAAGCUCCCUCUUUUUUUCUUCCAAGGAGGCCAACUAAUCGCACAAACAUCUCUCCACCAUGUCCAUUUCCCUGAAUUCUUCAGCAUUAGCUUGAAGAUCAUGUUUCAGUUUCCUAGCUUUUGAUAAAUCCAGUGGCGUAGGCACAGGGGUGACUUACCCCUGCUUAGUCACCCCUGAAUUUUUGGAAGUUUUCAAUGAAAAAAAUUUUGAAGCAGUGUGGGACUUGAGAAGGAGAGGAGGAUGGUAUGUAUGGAGCUUGACAUGUCUUUUCCCCCUACAUACCUUUUGUUCGUCCCCUCUUGUCAUGUUUUUUCUUCCUUGUUUUCCUCUCUUUUGCCUUUUAACUCUUGUAAACAUUGAUUCUUGUUCGGUGAAAAAAAAGAACAUAAACACAUGUCAUCAUCCUUUUUGUUCCUCCUAUGUUCUUGUCUCAUCAUUUUCUUAGCUUCUCCGAGCACCUCUGUUAAAGCUGCAAUGCAAUUCUAAGUUGGUGAUCACUUGGGUUGGCAUGAACCCAAUGACACUGAGUUUUACACCCAACGGGCUGAAAGGAACAGAUUCCAAAUUGGAGAUUCUCUUGUUCUUGAGUACUAGGAUGACCAUUCUCUUGUUCUUGAGUACUAAUUUUCUUGUCUGUGCUCAUCUCAAGUUAUGCAGAGGAUGACCAUUUCAAGUCACUGCCCUUCAAGUUAUUGUUUGGACUGAUUGCACAAAUCAUCUCCAUCUCAAGCAUGAUGAUAGCGUUUAGUGUUGCAUUUUUCAUAACAUAUUACCAUGGUUUAAUAUGGGUUCCACCUUUUAUUUCUGUCCUUGCGUUUCUGCCAAUACCCUUAUUCACAUUUCUUCUAACGGGGGAGGACAUGGAGGCCACUUUGGAAAUGCUGUCAUGUCCGACUCCAAGAUGUCUGGAAAAAAUCCAUUUAACGGAAGGAAGUGGACAAAUAUUCUCCUUGCUGCUAAUGUUUUGUUUUUCAUUGCACAGCUUGCAACCCAAGGCAAGCUUUUAUUAUGGGGAGCGAAGGUAAACAGCCUCAUUGACAAGGGACAAAUUUGGAGACUUGCCACAUCAUCCUUUUUUCAUGCAAACAUUGGGCACCUUAUGAUAAACUGUUUUUCCUUAAAUUCAGUCGGUCCAACUGUGGAGAGAUUUAGCGGUCCUCGAAGAUUCCUAGCAGUUUACUUUAUAUCAGCAAUUGCAAGUUCAGCUAUGAGUUAUUGGUUCUGCAAAAUGCCCGCAGUAGGUGCAUCAGGAGUAAUUUUUGGACUUGUUGGAUCGGUUGCAGUGUUUGUCUUAAGGCACAGAGACAUUGUAGGAGGUGGCAAAGAAGACUUGCAGCACAUAGCACGUGUAAUUGUCCUCAAUAUGGUAAGUGUCUUUGUUGCCUGUGUUAGUAGCGCCGAAAGCUUUCUAGUGUCCAAACUAGGAGAUUUAGCCAGUGCUCUGUUGAAUGGUGUCAUUUCUUCAGAGCCCCUUAGAUCGAGUUAUCCCUUAUCACUUAUCGGCUAGGAUUUGCUUUCUCAGUCACUUUUUUAAGAUGCUCUGUCAGACUGAAUUCUAAUUGUAACUUAACUCUAUUUUAUGUUGUUUAGUAGUAUUUUAAAGAUUGUCAGUUCGUUUCCUACAAUGAAGAGCAAUUGCGUGAAGUUAAAGAUGAGUGGGCUGCUUAUGUUUUUUACAAUUGUUUUUAGUAUUUAAUCUAUUGGAUAGUUAUCUAUGAGAUGGUGGUAGAUGAAGUUAAGGACGUGGUUGAAAUAUUAUGCACUUUAGAAAUUGCUUCGAAUUUAUGAAGCUUUUGAUAUUUAGAUAUAUUGGUUUUGAUAUGCUGAAGUUCAGAAAAUGUUUAUUUUAUGGCUGAGUUGAUAUCCUGUGUUUAGAAAAUGUUGAUCUUUUUGAUUUGGAAGACUCAAAUGGGGAGAGGGUCCUUAUGAUUUGGAGACUCAAGGCACAUUUCUAUUGCAGAAACUCAUUUAUGGGAGUUUUUUUUUUGCUGUCAUGAAAUUACUGUCCAUAUGCUUGCUUUA